AUGCUAAUAUAUGGACAGUUCUUCGAUACGAAUGCCCGAGGCAUCAUCGGCCUCGAAAGGCUCAUGCUAGAAGCCUCCGGAUUCGACUUCCGGACUCGCCAUCCCCAAAAGACGCUGAUGAAAUUAACCCGAAAAUUCAACCUGACACACGAUUCCGAAGUGUCUCGCCUGGCCUAUCGUAUCUCACUGGAUCUCUAUCGGACCUUUGCCCCCGUCAAACAGGCAUCGUCAGCCAUGGCAUUUGCCUGUCUCGAGCUUUCAGGGCGACUACUGGAUCAGCGCAUUGGAGCCGUCGAGUCUGGGGCGGAGUAUGAGCAGUGGAAUACAACCCGUGAAGAAGUUAUGGAAACCCUCUUCGACCUCCUCGAACUUUAUACCGACCAGCGCUCAUCUACGAUUGUGGGACCUCAAUUCCCCGCCGACCGCUUCUUGACAGUCCGCAUUCCGCUCAACCAAGAAGCAGAUGCGCAGCAUAUCCCACGGUACACGCGCUGGACAGAGCGCCCGCGCAUGUCCAAGACCUCGCCCAGGGAAUCCAAUGGCGCUGGUACGUUGCUGCGGCCUAACCAUCCGCUAACUCCGAUUGCUGCGAACGGCGACCGCCUGAAAAUGAAUGACCGUGGUUCUGACGCUGCGGUCCGGUUUAUGUUGGAUCCUGUUUGUGCAGAGGAGGAGAAUAAGCAGGUUACGCAGUAUUUUACUGUUGAGAUGGAGGAGUAUGAGGUCGAAGAGUAA